AUGUAUGGUGUUUUCGCUGGGAGUGCCGUUGACUUUGGUGUAUUUCAGAGUUUGAGAACGACGAUCAAUAAUUUAUUUCUUCGCUUUCACUUUGAAGUGCUCCCUGUCAAGAUAUGGCUCGUUAAAAGGGGUUUUUACGAGCCAUGGUCGACGAACUGUGUACUAUGUCUGACCCCUAAAACGCUACAACACGUUUUUUGUUGUUGUUGUUUUUUUUUGUUUCUUUGUUGUUGCAGAGCGGUGCUGAGGGUCGACUUGUGCGUCAGCUGGAAAAGUGCGAAGUUUUUAAAGAUCCGGACGCAUCCCGACAGCAGAGCAUGGGAGGUGUUGGUCCUUCUUGGCCUUUAUGCUAUAUGGCGAUUCAGGACCGAGCACCUCGGAGUGUCGGAAGGAGCAAAACCUGCAUGGCAGCACUUUGUCGACGGGUUCAUCUACGUGAGCUCGCUUAUCGAGGCGACGGAACAGCAAGGGUUGGAAUGUUGGGCAACUCUGGGAACGCAGUUGCAAAGGCGAACGUUAACAGCAUUGCGGCGAAGGUGA